CGAGUCUGUAACGCGGCAGGUCUUAGUAAGAUGCAAUAGCGGCGUCCAUUACCGAUGUGGUCCGACUUUCCCUUGCGGCGAGCGGCCACGAUCCACGACUGUCUGACCCAGACAGGACAGUUCCCCGUCGAUUCAGCCGAUUGCCGAUAUGUGGUGAAUGCUCCGUCCACGUCAAAGCCCGACUAAUCUCCCGCCAAGGACUGCGCUGGCUCGACUCGCAGCGGAGGAUCGACUUCCUCGCCGCCAAUACUACACAGCAUGCUCAGCCUUUGCGACACCUUAGCAGGUCCACUUAAGACUUCUCCGAUGCACGGCAAUCCUCGAUAUCGCCAAUACCGUCCAGUCUGCUCGUGAAAGUGGGUUUCUAUCGGACUUGGAGUCGGUGAGGGAGGUGAAGCUGCGGUUUCAUUGGUAUGCCAUCGUCCGAGACACGAUAUCUGUCUGGCGUGCGUCAGACGACCAUCACGCUCGUUGGGAUCUGUAUAAAACUGCCUCUUUCAUUCGUUCUUUCGUUUCUUCUUCAUCGAACAGCUUUCUACUUGCCAUUGCUCCAAAGACUCACGCUCCAAAGCAUCCUCUCACUUCAAAAUCCCUACUUCAUUACCCUCGCUCAAUUCAACAGAAUGCACUCCUCUCUCAAGUUCGCCGCUCUCUUCCUUCUGGGCUUUGGUAGCCUGGCGACUGCUAGCCCCCCUCAGACGCCGCCUGCAUACGGAGGCCAAACAACAACUCCGACAACCACAUCCAAGGGCGGAUGGCACACUUCGUCGACCUGCUCUGUCGAGACUGUGACGUCUACCGUCUGGACGACCGAAGUCAUCACUACUCCUCGUCCUCGCACAUGGACCAGCAUCACCGUCGUCUCGAAGCCAUACACGACUCAAGUCAUCACCCCUGUUCCAUACACCACGGUCAUCACGUUGGCGAGCACACGACGGAGAACGUCCCGACGACCCAAGUCACAGUCAUCACAUCGUCGAGGGUUGGAUAUUCGACUUCUGUCAAGUCGUCAGUCUCCACGAGCUACAAGACGACUGUGCAGACGAUUGAAGUGUAAGUGGCCCUUCAAGAUAUGCUUAACAACCUCAAGAUCAAGCGCUUACAACAUCUGUCAUCCACAGCACCUCCACCCAAACCGUCACCAUCCCAACCACGCAAUACGAGACCAUCACUUCCACCAGCACGGGCCAUGAAGUCGUUUGGACCACAGUGCCAGAGUCCAAAACGGUGACUCUCACCAGCACCAGCACGGAGGAGAAGACGCUCACGUCUGCCUUUACAUCUACUGAGACCGGGGUGUACACUUCUGAGUGCACGGAGACGGUGCCGACCAGCAAGGUCGAGACGUCUACCAAGUCGGUUUGCUCGACUAUGAGCGGCUGGUGGUAGAUUAGACGUUGGUGGAGGGGGAGAAGGAGUGGAAGGACAUAUGAUGAGACAAAACGAUAUGAACGGAU